GUGCAGGGAUUUUCCAAGAACUGGCCACUCACUGCUGGGGUUUCGCACGAAAGGGAGAUUUGAAAUUGCGUUAUCAGCUCUUCAGGACCCGAGGACGACUCACCAGUGCCCCAGGUCAGCGAGCCGAAGGCCCCGGACUCCAGUCGGAUGCAGAUGCCGCCGGGGAACCCACUGCUGUUGUCGCUCACGCUGCAGGAGCUGCUGGCCAGGGACGCUGUGCAGGUGGAGCUCAUCCCCGAGAAGAAGGGCCUCUUCCUCAAGCACGUGGAGUAUGAGGUUUCCAGCCAGCGCUUCAAGUCCUGCGUGUAUCGACGGUACAAUGACUUCGUGGUCUUCCACGAGAUGCUGCUGCAGAAGUUCCCGUACCGCAUGGUGCCGGCCCUCCCGCCCAAGAGGAUGCUGGGAGCCGACAGGGAGUUCAUCGAGGCCCGGAGGAGAGCACUGAAGCGCUUCAUCAACCUGGUGGCCCGGCACCCGCCCUUCUCCGAGGACGUUGUUCUCAAGCUCUUCCUGUCCUUCAGUGGCCCCGAUGUGCAGAACAAGUUGAAGGAGUGCGCCCAGUGCGUGGGAGACGAGUUCAUGAACUGUAAGCUGGCUGCUCGGGCCAAGGACUUCCUCCCAGCCGACAUCCAGACUCAGUUCGCCAUCAGCCGGGAGCUGAUUCGCAACAUCUACAACAGCUUCCACAAGCUCCGCGACAGGGCCGAGCGGAUGGUGUCGCGGACCAUCGACAAUGCUGCUGACCUCCUCAUCUUCGGGAAGGAGCUGAGUGCUUUAGGGUCUGACACGACCCCGCUCCCCUCCUGGGCCACUCUGAACAGUAGCACGUGGGGGUCCCUCAAACAGGCGCUGAAAGGCCUGUCCGUUGAAUUUGCACUGCUCGCUGACAAGGCUGCACAGCAGGGCAAACAGGAGGAGAACGACGUGGUGGAGAAACUGAACCUCUUCCUGGAUUUGCUCCAGUCCUAUAAAGACCUGUGUGAGCGGCACGAGAAGGGCGUGCUGCACAAGCACCAGCGGGCGCUGCACAAGUACAGCCUGAUGAAGAGGCAGCUGAUGAGCGCCGCCGUGCAGAACCGCGAGCCCGAGUCUGUGGAGCAGCUGGAGUCCCGCAUCGUGGAGCAGGAGAACGUGAUCCAGACGAUGGAGCUUCGCAACUACUUCUCCCUGUACUGCCUGCACCAGGAGACGCAGCUGGUCCACGUCUACCUGCCCCUUACCUCCCACAUCCUCGGGGCCUUCGUCAGCUCCCAGAUCCAAGGGCACAAGGAGAUGAGCAAGGUGUGGAAUGACCUGCAGCCCAAGCUACAGUGCCUCUUCGCUGGACCGCACGGCGCCCCAAGCCCACCGAGGUCCCCGCAGGACGGCCUGUCUCCUCACUAGUGCCGGGAGGAUGUGGGCGGCAGCUCCGGCGCCCUCACUAAAACUUCUUUCCAAAUGGUGUGUUCCUGUUUAAUUCCCUUCACGUGGUGGCUGCCCCGACCCCGAGGGGGCCCAGCGUUGGGCUGCAGCCCCUCGUGGAAGAGCUGAUGCCCGGGCAGGGUGGGGCCGGGUCCCAGUGGCCGUGGCUCCCCUCCCCUCGCGGGGAGCAAGGCCGAGGACACGCGCUAGGCCUCCGGGCGUCCACGGAAGCCGCGGCCACACGGGGUCUGUCCCGGUUGCCCUCGACCCUGCCUGGCCCUCCCGAAGCACACCGUGGCCCGUCAAUCUGGUGGCGAGAGUGUUGAGAGUCCCCGGAACGGUUUUCUCCCAGGACCCACAGAGGGAUGGUUUGCACACAGCAGAUCGUGCAGGGGGGCGUGUGCUGGGGCCCAUGUGCUAGAACAGUCGGGAGGGUUCUGGAAUAGCUGAGCGGGGAGACGGGGCAGGACCGUCCCCGCGGCCGGCGUGCUGCCGUCGGACGGCGGUGGCCGUGUCCGACACGGAACUGGCCAGCGAGACCUUCCGCUGCGGCCCGCAGAUAGCCCUGGCCAUGCGAGCGGGGGCCCGAGGGUCCCUGGGCCCAAACUGUGAGCCUGGCGGCCCUGGUGUCUGUGUCCCUCCCUCCAUGGCACGCACACGUGUGCACGCUCACACUGUGACCCUGUCGUGUGCCCGGCGGUCUGAGGUGCGGAGGACAAAGCGGGGACCAAAGCGUCUGGAGGUCCGUGAGCCGAUGCUCCCGCCGUCUCUGCAGGUGCAGGCGGCUGCCCGGCUGUUCUUGGGAGGCCACGCCGUGAGCGUCGAGGCUGGCAGGGCAGUGGGCUCUGCGGGGGGAUCUGCGUCGCUCUGGUAACCCUCUGUUACACCGACUUCGCUUCUUUGGGGCAGCAGGAACCCUCCUUCCAGCCUCCCUGCCACGCUUGCCAGCCCAGAGCCUGCUCUGAGGGGGCGGCGGUCUGGAGCCGGGUGGGCUUAUGUCCGCCUGGGGCUGGGUGUGUCCUGCCCUGAGCCCCUGUUGUGUAAGUGCCCCCCGUCCUUCACGGUUCUCACUGGCUUGGGAGGGCGCUGGAGGAGGCCGACUGCACCGAGGGUCUCUGAGGUCCCUGCCUUCCUGCAACACGAGCCUGGGGGUUCUAGGGGUUUGCCCUUGGUGUGAGGCACGCACGUGGGACACAGAGGCUCUGGGUGACAGGCAGGCUUCCCUGGUGAGCUGACACACGUUACAGUCCAGGGCAAAGUGAGUGUGCCCACCGGGGCCUGGGCUCACCCACACGUGGGUUCAGGCGUGUGGGGAGGCCGGCUGCACCCCACCCGCCGGAGCCCCACGGCAGCCAACGUGUGCCUUCCGGUGCCGGGCUGGCCGGUCUCCUGGAGGACGAGCAGAGGGGUGGUGCGCCCCCGGAGCCUGGCCAGCAGGGGCCGCCUGUGCCAUGUGCCCCGUUGUGGGCUGCUUCUGCGUUUGAUCCCUCUGUGGAGAAACGGGCUCCCAACCACUUUGGGUGGCUCUGUGCUGCCCGGCAGGUUGGUCCCCAGGUGCUGUGUACGCUCGAGCCGUGGAGCGUUGACCACCGGCCUCUGCUGUCCUGGCCCCGCGGUGGUGGCUGCUCCCCCCCGAGGUCUGUCCGUGGGUGGUGAGGGACACGAGGCCACGGGACAGCGGAGAGCGGGGAGACGCCCUGGCCGCGUGGUGGGUGGUGGCACAGCGGCAUGGAGGGUGGGGAGCGUCUUCCCGGUCAGGUUGAGGCUUGCCCUCCCCACACGGGUCACCAGGGAGAUCUCUGACACCAAAGACAUCAGAUGCACUUUCCAGGAGAGAAUCCUCCUGGCGGGACUGGCUCCCGCGUGGAAACCAGGAGCACGUUCUUGGUUGGAGGCCUGGCCUCGCUCUUCCUCAGAGGCUCACCUGCAGGGCACUUUCUGGUCCACCCGCUCCCCCCACCCCAGGUGCUGGAAAGGGGUCAGUGGGAAGAUGCUGGAGUGACCGUGUCCCCCUCGUGUGGCAGCUGGGGGCGCAGAGGCACCUUUUCCACAAAGCUCCCCGUCCGCCCUCCACCUGGGCUGCCGCUGGGUUCCCAGGCUCGGCGGGCAGGGUUUCCUGCUCAGUGUUCGCUCGGGGAGGGGGAGGAGAGGCUGCCCCAGCUCCAAGGUGGGCCACGCACACCUCUGCGUCCGAGCUCUCCUCGUGCCCGGGAGAGCCUGUCACAGCCCCGUGAAAGGACGUCCGGUUCCGUCUUCCCGAUGGGAGCCCUUCGGCCGCUCCCGUCCCGUUAGGGCUGAGUGUGGCUCACCACUGCCUUGGCCUGGCCCGAGGCGUGCGCCUUCAGGCCACGCCCCUCCAGCCUGCGUCCAGCUGACUCGGUGCGAAGACGCAGAGUGGGGACGAGGGAGGGCGUGGCCAAGGCAGGCUGCCAUGGGGACCCGGGGCUCGGGCUGCCGGAGGUCAGGACGGUUCGGUAUCUUAGGCCUUUCCUCUUGCUUUGCGUUGAGUCUGGUUAUGUAUGAAGCACUUUAUACGGCUGCAGGGAUCAAUGACCAUCACACCCAGUUAACUGGAAUUGUUUACAAACGAGCUACGUUCCGAGAUUUUUAUCACUGAACUUACAUGAACAACUAUCAUUAAACGUGUUUAUAAAAGUCGGGUCAAGUUGUGAAGUUUUUGUGUGAGUGGUUGGUACCCCCCAGCCCCCUCUCCAGGGUCAGAAACCAGGAUGAAAUCAGCCUGUCUUGGGGGAGGGAGGGCGACCAAGUGAUGGUACAUUAGACGGGGGUUGGAGCCCUGGGCCCUGACCGCGCCUCGGUUUCCCCAUAAGGGGGGUGGUGAGAGGAGAACACGGCCUCUAGCCCACCCCCGGGAUCCUGCGGCCCCAUGCACACCUAUGCCGGGCCUCCCACACCAGUUCUCCCCCGUGGGACGUCCGAAACGCCGUCCCCUCCCCUUUUGCGCCUGUGUCUCUUUCCCCCAUCUCUGUUCGGUGGUGCAGGUCACAGCCAGGCACGUCUGGCAGCUCCCCGAGGAUGGGACUUCGUGAGGCCCGGUGAGGAAUGCUGAAAAAGUAAAAGAGGUUUAUUUUCCUUUCCAUCCAAUCAUGCGCCAGACAGACUGGAGGCCCGGCCGGUGUGCUGAGCCUGGAGCCUCGGCGUGGCUGGGCAGGGGUGCUCAUGGCCCGAGGGACGAGCUCAGCUCUGUCCUAGACUGUGUCCACCUCGCGAAGCUUGUAGUCCAGGAUGGUGUCGUGACUCUGGAACUUGAAGUAGCCGUGGAACUUCUUCUUCUGAAGCAGGAGGGGAAACCAGUAGCUGUCAUCGGGCCACAUGUCAGCGAAGGGGAUCUGGUCCAGUUGGAACCACUGGGGGCGCAUUUCUGAAGUCAGUGAAAAGGAACUGUCAUCGAUGUUCAAUCCAGAUUUUAAACUGACUUUUUGUGAGGAAUUACUGAGUUAUUCUGUGUGAGGAAUUUGACAUACUUUCAUAUUUAAUCCUUGUGACUGUAUCCCUUAUCUUACAGAAGAGUAGGGAGGCUCUGGUGCUGGUGUGUUUCAGCACCUGCCCCUGGGGGAGGGGAGGGCUGCUGUGCCGCUCAUCACCUGCCUCCCUCACCGGCGGUGAAGGGACGAGCCCAGAGACUCACCUUCGCUCUCCACUGGUGUCCCGUGGACACUGUCUGUGCAGAAGAUGUGCAUGUCCAUCAGCUCGGGGUCGCCCACGAACUCAAACACGAUCUGGCCCACCUUCUGCAGCGCGUCCACGGUCAGACCGCUCUCUUCCUGCAGCUCCCUGUGGGCAGAGGCGGAUGGACACACCCGGACAUAAGGUGACAGUUAACGCAAGGCGCCCACGCGGCACCCGAGAAUGGUGCUGGGAGGAUGGAGGGGCGGAGUGUGUACAUGUGGCCAAGGGCUCGGGUUUGGGGACCGCUGUUUAGGGGCAGCCAGACCUCUGUAAUUGAGCACCCUGGGCGCACCACGUGGCAGGUCAGGCCUGGCCCAGCUCAGCUGCUCGGAGGUCCCACGGGAGGCCACUGCUAGAGCCAGGGGACCCCACCUGUCCUGCUUGGCUCUCCCUGAGGCCGUCACGUGUGCGUGGUGCUCUGCGGGCUGCAGCCCCCGGAACCCGGCCCUGAGCCAAAGUCCUCCUGCCCUGUCCUGUCCCCGCACAGAGCUCAGGAGCAGACUGCAGGUUUCUACUGUCUCUUCUCCAGAGAAGGGGCUGUUUUAACUCCUGUUUCACCAAGGAGACAGGCCCCACCCCAGCCAGCUCACCUCAGCCGCGCUUGAUGGUAGGGGAUGAGCUUUGGGCCUGUCUCGCUGUGUCCCCACUUCUCAGGACCCUUUCCCCCAGCUCCACCACCUGUGCUUGUAGGAAGGGGUCAGGGGGCUGAUCUCCCCACCUGAGUGCACAAGUGCCGGGCGAUUCACGAGAACCGGGAUCCCCCCCCUCAAUUUAACAAUGCUUCCCCAAGCUACAUAUUCAUUGUAGACAGUCUAGCAAACACACAGAGACUCCUCACCCAGCAAGAACCCUUGCUACCACUGCAGUUUCCCCUUGGGGUCUUUCUCCUUUGUGCAUCCCUUUUAAGAACUGCACACAUGCCGCCCGUACCUUGUACCUGUGCUUUUCACACAACACUGCAGAGCCACGUCCUACACUUCAAGGAAUUCAGCCAGCUUCUCGGCUGUUGUGUAUCAUAGAAUAGAAGACCCACCUUGCUCAUCACGAAACCCGCUGUGAUAAGCAUCCUCGUACACACCGUCUGCCACCAGCCUUUCACCCCACCGGCGGCGCCGCCGCCGUCAUCCUGCGUCUCGUUCCAUCCUUGGCAAGCGCUUUCUGGAUGUUCUGCUGUGCUCGGGACUCUGGGGACCCCACCAGCCCUGCACCCGUGAAGCUCAGCACCCGUGUCUCCUGCUAGAGUCUCACUUCCCUACUGCCCUGUAUUUAUUUUUGUUGCUGUAAAAACAUUCUAAUUAUACCUAUUUAGAGUGGUAGCUUAAAAAAAGGUCUUUUUAAGCUUUGAUCUCUGAGUUAUGUUAGGAACGCAAUGCAUAAUUACUUCCUGUUGCCUGUAAUGAGGAGUCAGGGAAACCAGUGUUUGUUAGACACGUGUGUUGGGUUAAACGGUCUUAUUUAAAUGGACGCCUUAUUGAGCUUGGAAUCUGCCCUAACCUUCCCGUGAGGCCCAGAGAGGAACUGUAUCCAUUUGCUGCCAUUCAGAUGCAGCCCAGGUGAUGCUCUGGAAGCUGGAAUUUAUUCAUUGAGAUGGUUAAUUAAAAUUAGAC